AUGGCGCCAAACCUCCACCUCUACCACACCCCAGGCUCGUGCUCCCUAGCCUCGCACAUCGCUCUAAACAGCGCUUCACUUGCUUUCAACGCAACAGAUCUCCAUGCAGCGCGGGGCUUCCCAGCAUCGCAGCUACAUCUCAAUCCCAAAGGCCGGGUCCCGAUUUUAGAAAUUGAUGGUGAACUCAUCACCGAAACACCGGCUAUCCUCGCCACCAUCUCUGCUUUAGCGCCCGAGAAGAAUUUACUUGGAAAGGGGGUGAUGGAGCAGGCAAGGGCGUAUGAGUGGAUGACCUGGUUGUCGGGUACAAUGCAUGGGCAGGCUUUUGGAUGCUUGUUUCGGCCUGCGCGCUUUAUCAAAGAUGAAGCGGCGCAUGAAGCUCUGCGCGAAUCAGGUAGAACCCAAGUCAAGGAGUGCUUUGAAUACGUCGAAAAGAAGUUGGGCACAAAGAACUGGGCUGUCGGGGAUGCAUUUACCGUGGUUGAUGUGUAUCUACUAGUAUUUUACAGAUGGGGUAACAUGCUAAAGAUGGAGAUGCGGGACAAGUAUCCAAAUUAUACCAGGCUCGCGGAUGCUGUCAUAGAAAGAGAAGAUGUGAAGAAGACCAUUGCGAGCGAAGGCAUAAGCGCGCUCAACGAGUGA